GUUUAAUAAAGUUUCAGGAAAAUAAAAAAUGCUGGGACUCGUUUGCAAAAUACUCGUUGUGCUCUGCUUGUCUGUGCUCUGCCUCACAGUCUCAGCUGCUCCAGGACUCUUCGAGCUGCCGUCCCGUUCCGUACGGCUGAUCCGUUCGGAUCCGUCGGCCUACGAUGGAUAUGAGAACAGUUUCUACCGGGGAUAUGGUUCCGACAAUCAGCAAUUCCGAUUCAAUUCUCCUCAAAAUUGGUAAUUUCAGUGGAGGAGCAAAGCUACAAGAACGAAUUCUGAUAAUUUAUAAAAUUUUGCAAAAUGAGAGAAUUAUUUGUCGUCGCCGCUAAUAAAUCGUUUUUACAUGUUUUUAAAAUGUUUUUAGAAUAAAAUUUAAA